GGAGUUGUUGGGCAUUCUCAACGGUUACUGCUGUGGAAGGAAUAAAUCAGAUUGUAACAGGUGAUUUAACAGUCCUAUUAGAGCAGGAGUUGGUGGAAUGUGAAAAUUCUUAUAAUCAAGGAUACAAUGGUGGUCUUAUGGAUUAUGCUUUUCAAUUUAUCAUCAACAAUGGUGGAAUUGAAUCUAAGGAAGAUUACCCUUACCGAGAGGUCUUCCUCACCCCCGUCGUCCUCAAAGAGUGUCGCCGCAUCGUCGCUGACAGCGAGGAAGGUCAGCAAUGCUUGAUGAGCAUUGGUAUUUAUGGGGUCUUGAAGGACAAAGGGAUGAUGGCACCACCUGGAUUGCAAGGAGGAAAAAUUUAA